UGGAGCAACCGAAUCAGACAAGCAUGAUUCUAUUUUCAUGCGGACAUAAUACAGUUGGUGAAAUUUUUUCUUAUUUUUUAAAUUAUUUUUUUUAUUAAUAACAAUAGUAUUUAAAACACCAAUAUUAAACCCGUAAUUAGUGAAAUUGUGUGCAGUUAAUAAUUAUCUAUAUUGAAAGAAACAUCAUUUUAAGAAAUGGCUGGUAAUUCUACAAUUGAUUAUCAAAUUCGAAACUUGCGUAAUAUAUUCGCAGUACAAAGAAUUAGCGAAAAUGCUGAAAAUGCAUUUUGUACUUUAGAUAAUAUUCCAGAAUCAUUAACAACUUUAGCGGAGGAAUUAGAUGUCCUAGUUCAGGCACCUGUGUCAAUUAUAAACUACGAAGGACUAAAUUCCCUAGAAACUUUAACAUCCACACUUGUUCAAUUAAUUAAUGCUUCUUGGAAUCUGGUUCAACAACACAGAAUGAUUGAAAGGAUUCAUGAAAAACAAAACGAUGUUUACCACAAAGUAUCAGUUGACAAUAAUAAUUUAGGGAAUCAAAUUAAACGAUUGAAGGAGGAUAUUGAGAAGAAAGAUUAUUCUAUGAGUGAAGUUCAGGAACGAGAGAGAAGACUGAAAGUUAAAUGUGAAAAUUUUUCUCGUGAUCUUAAGCGUGAACGAGAUGAGGUUCUUAAACUGAAGAAACAGUUACAAUCGAAGGACAGUCAACAUGCGCACGAAUUAAGAAGAAUUCAACUAACCGGAAAUAAACUUAAAGAGCAACUACAAAAAACUAUUGGAACUUACGUGCCACGAGAUAAAGCUUUACAAAAUCUGCAAGCGGAGCAUGAAAAGCAGAUGUCAAUACAUCAAGAAACAAUUUGCCACUUAGAGAAAAAUAAUUUGCUGAUGCUGCAAGAAAUCGCUUAUCUAAAAGAUGCUUUGGAUCUACAGGCCCAUCAGAUUCUUCAGGCUAAAAGUUCGAAGGUCCGUCAGGAAGAUGAUGCUAAGGAAAAAUACCGUGAAAAAUUAUCCGAAAAACGUCAUCACUUCAACAAGGAAAUUUGAUUGUUAUUAUUUAUUAUCGAAGCCAAAAAAGGGUAAAUAUUUAAAGAACUAGAAUUUUGCGAGCUUUAUUUUCGAAAAUGAAUAAUUUCACAAUUAGCGAAUUUUCGAGUAGCUGAAACACUAAAAAUUUAGUCUCUUUAUUUUGUGGUUAAUUGCCAUGCAAAUUAGAAAAAAUAUUUGAAUUUUGUUCGUUUAUUUUACAACCUCAUCACGAUGAAGAUAAUUAUUAAUAUUAUUUAAUUUGAAAUUAAAUUCAUUUAAUCUUUCACGCAAAAAUUAGUUAAAAAUUAAAUAUGAAUUAUGAUUGAAAUAUUGAUUCGGAAACCUGUUUAUGAAAAUAUUCAACAGAGAAAUUAGUCGUAAAACUGAUUAUAGAAAUCGGUUUUGGAACAAAAAAUAUAAAAGGUGAAAUCUUUUUUAAAGAUAAAGGGUAAAAUUAAUUAUAAAAAGUUAAAAUAUCGUUUAAAACAGUAGUUUUUCUAUUUGACUGAAUUUCGUGAUUUUUAUUGUCAGCCAUAAAGAACAGAUGUGCCUUAAAAUUAGUUUUUAAUAAUAAUAAUAAUAGAAUUUUUGUUCCUCUUUUUCAAAGUGUAGAUUUAUAAAUAAGUCUGGUACACUACGCACCAAAGAUUUUUUUUGCAUAAUUUGUAAUUAUGUAGAUAGAUUAAUGAAAGAAAAUAUUUACUCAGGUGAAAACUUGAUAUUUUUAUAUGUCAAAACUUCUAGAAAUACACAUUGAUGUACAUACGAAUCUUAAACAUAUUCUAUAAAAAAAACUCUUCUAUUGUAAAAAUUAAAGAAAAUUGUGUCACAAAUAUUUUCCACUUGGAUAGUUGUUAAAUAAAAAUGCUCAAUAAAAUUCUCAUUUAAUUUUCUUUUA